UCAUGGGCCUUAGUCUCAUCGAAGGGUCAUAAAUAGGGUCACCUAAAGACUCGAUUUCGCCUUUUAUUUAAGAACUAGGUUGGCUUUUCGUCCCUCAAGUUUUAUAACGUCUCCGGUAGCUUCCAGAACGUGCAAUCCUUUUGCAGCGGUGAUAAUCGAAUAUACGGACGAUGGCGGGUGGAAAUUUCAUGCACAGAGUGAUUUCUUAUGUCGCCAAUGAAAUUAUUGUCAAUGGUCUUGCAAAUAGUCCUGCAUUUCAGAGGUUUGCAGUGAGAACGUCUAGAAAGAUUGAGGAUAUUUCAAACAUCGCUGAGAAAAAGAAGCGAGAACUUGCAGAGCAGAUAAAAGAUCUCUCCAAGAACAUGGACUCAUUCAAGAACCAGUGAUAUACUAAGAUGGUGGCCGUUGGCUUUGGUACGGUGUCUAGCCCCGCUAUGAUGAUGAUAUUAGAGAGAUUUUUGCAAUUAAGAGGAUGUCGCAGAGAUGCAAGUUGUGUAUUUGAUGACUUGGUGUAAUAAAUAAGCAUUUAGUGGCAAUUAGAGCUUGGCCUGGUUAAUAUGAAGUUUAGCGGUGCAUUGUAUUGAGAUUCUUAUUCCUUGGUGGGAUGUUAGAUUCUAUCAACCUCUUAUAUAGGAAGAAUGCAAAAUGUCUGUACAUUGACCAACGGAGUGAUUAUCAACUCUAAAGCAGAUGUCUUAUUGCUGAUUUGGGUAGCA